AUGGACUUCACACCAAGUCCCAAAAUUUGCCAAGAAAUGCCUGAAAAUCAGGCUGUGUCCCUGUCGCGGCCAGGACACGUCCUAGACAUGCUUGUAAUAGACGGUGAAAAUAAUUUAUGGGCAGUUUCAUUUUCUGUCGACGAGUUCAACAAAUGGGCUAAGAAAACUCAUUUUCAGAUUGGGGAUUCUUUAGUUCUGAAGUAUGAUUCCAAGAUUGACUCAGUGCUGGAAGUGACCAAGGAAGACUACAAAAUCUACAAAAAUGCAAAUCCAAUAAAAUCACACCAUGGUGGAGAAACUACAAUUUCACUAGAAAAAUUAGGUCUAUUUUUCUUUAUCAGUGGAGCUGAAGAACAUUGCUAG